AUGCCGCCUCCAAACUCGGACGACGCCCUGCUCGCCCGCCUCAACGCCCUCAAGCAGUCCUCGGUCACGUCCCUCUCCACACACCCUCCCUCCUCCGCCGACGAAAUCACGCCUGACGCCCUGCGCGAGCUGGGCUUCGACGACAAGCAGCCGGCAGCGACAACGGCCGUUGGAGGAGGAGGAGGAGAAGAAGACCCGAUCCUCGACCUCGCGGCGAGGUUCAAGCGGCUGAACGGUGGGAAGGCGGCGGCUUCCGGUCCUACGGCAACAACGACGACGGGAGGCGGUGAGGCGGCCGAGGCGGCGGAGGAGGAAAAAUCGCUAGAUGAGUUGCUGAAGGAGUUGGGUGGCGAGGGCGAAGGGUGGGGGGUUUCGCGGGAGGAUGAGAGGGAUGUAGGUGCGUUGGUGAGGGAGGUGCGAAGCGUGCUGCCGGAUGUGCCGACGCCGGAACGGGAAGAAGGAAGUCGGAGAGCCCGUGGCAGCGGUGGGCGGGAGGGCGAUGUUGAUGUGGGUGGUGACAAGGAUGAUGAUGUGGGUGGUGACAAGGAUGAUGAUGAUGAGGAGGAGCAGCAAGAGGCGGAUCGAGAUGCGUUGGACGAGCAAGAGGCGGAUGAGUACAUCGCGCAGGUGCUCGCGGAACUGGAUCUGGAAUCAAAGUACGCGGACGGGAAAGAGGGCGAGGAGGGCGAGGGUGCGGGCGAAUCUGCUGCUGCUGCUGCUGCUGCUGCUGCUGCUGAACAAGCGGCGGGUGAGGGCCCACCGACUAAGUCUGCUGCGUCCCCUUCGGAGAAGGCGGAAGAGCGCCAGAGAGAUGAUGAUGAUGGCGAACCGUCCUUUUCUCUGCCCGCUGCCCCGACUUCUCUCCCGACACCUCCCCCGCCCGCCCAGGAUGACUUUGACAAGGCUACGGCUGUAGAUGAUGCCUUGACUGCUCGGUUCGCGGCGCUGGCCCGCGGCAGCCCUGGUCCUGGUUCUGGUGGGGCGAGUAGCCUGCCUUCUGCGCCAUCGUUUGCACCUUCAAAGAAGCCGCCUAUCAAGGCGGCGAAGUUCACAGACGAAGAGAUUGAUAGCUGGUGUAUCAUCUGCUAUGCGAACGCGACGGUACGCUGCCUGGGGUGUGAUGGCGAUCUGUACUGUCAAGGAUGCUGGAAUGAAGGGCACCGGGGCGAAAGCGCUGGGUACGAGGAGAGGACGCAUCGGGCGGUGCAGUUUGUAAAAGGCGGAGGUUUGAAAAAGGUACCUGUUGGUGCUGGGUGA